CAUGGACGUCAUCAUCAUCAUCAUCAUCAUCGAUAAAACCAAUUUGUAUCCAUUUAUUUCGUCAACAAUACUGUGAUCAAGCAUUUUAUUAUAUUUUUUCACAUCAUUAUCAUGAUUUCCGGCCAUCAACAUCAUCAUCAUCAUCAUCCGGUGAUAUAUCAUUAUCAUACAAUAAUCUUCAACAGCAAACACCUACAUUCGAUCAGAAUUUCAUCAAAAUUCUUGUGACAAUUUUUAUCAUUAUUUCAUUGUCCAUUUUAAUGGCCAUCAUUUUUCUAUUGAAUCAUCAGGAAUAUUAUCAACAACAACAACAAGUUCCAUUAGAACAUAGAAGUUAUCCAUCAUGUUCAAUUCGUAAUGUUAUAUUUCGUACAUUUCGUGACAAUCAUCUACGACUAUUAUUGCCAAUGGCAUUUUUUAUUGGUUUCGAACAAGGAUUCUUUAUGGCCGAUUAUAAUAAGCUUUAUGUAAGCUGUGCCUUAGGCUUACAAGCUAUUGGUUCAAUUAUGUUGACACGUGGAUUUGUUCAUUUAGGUGCAACAUUACUUGUUUAUGAAUUCAUACGUCAUAUACAAAGACCAAUAGUUUUAUUGGCUGGUGCUAUUUGUCAAUUAUCCGUAUUGGCAAUAUUAUAUUUAUGGCGCCCAAAUGAUGAUAUACCAUUAUAUUAUGUAAUUACAAUCACAUAUUCAUUAGCCAAUGCUAUUAUGGAAACAUUAUUACUUACAAAUGUAUUACGAACAUUUUGUUCUGAUGAAUGGAAAUAUGCAUUUCUUACAUUAUAUUCAUUGAAUAAUUUAGGCUAUGCCAUUGCAUUUGCAAUGAGUGAAUUUAUUUGUCUUUAUAUAAAACUUUUUACAUUGAUUCUAAUGUUAAUUAUUGCCAUAAUACCGAUGCAAUUAUGUGAAUUAAGAUUAUUGAAAUUUGAAAAAAUUCUUGGACCCGGUUCCACAUCACAAUUAUGACUAUUGAUGGCCAACAAUGAUAGCGAUGAUCGUAAUAAUGAUAAUGAUGAUGAUGACCGUGAUUUUGAUGGACAUUCAGCAGCAACAUUGACCAAUACUAAUAAUGAUCAUAAUCAAAAAAUCAUUGAUAAUGUCGAAAUGAUACAAUUCAAUAAUGAACAAAAUGUUCAACGUCGUUAUUGAAAAACCACCCAGCACCAACAAUAUUUUGAUGAUUUAUGGACAAUAAAUUUCAAAUUUUUUUUUUUUUUU